AAACGAAGCUACCACAAUGCACGCAAUCGGAGUGCGUUCAUUUCCUGGGCCUGGUUGCAGAUCAGUGCAUUCGAUGUGUUCGUGAAACGUAAUAUGAGACCGAUACUAGUUUACGAGGAAACGUGUGGUUACUUUAGUCUCUUUAAGUAAAUUGUAGCAACAGUUCUUUAGAGCCAAGCUUUGAAAUGGCAACAGGCGAAGUUGAAACAUGGUCUGGUGGAUACGACGAAUACUUUGACCCACCGUUGGAAGGGAAAUACGAAUGUCCUAUCUGUCUUAGGGGGUUGCGAGAACCAGUGCAGACAGGCUGUGGUCACAGGUUCUGUAAAGACUGUAUCUUUCGGUCUAUACGGUAAGGUCUAUCAAAGUUUUACAAAUAUAUCCUGGACGUGUUAAAGCUGUGAUUAUUAAGCUUUCCCUCAAGCAGUUUGUUAGAUACCAAACAUCAUUCAGCAAUGAUGACCGACAUCAUUCGUAGUGAUGACCGACAUCAUUCAGUAAUGAUGUCGUUUCUUGCUUUUAGUCCUGAUCAAUUCAGUAAACUUGUCUUGUACCUUGUGAUACACUCCACAAGUGCCUAACCCCUAGUGAAAACUGUCAAACUAACGCCUUUUUCCAACCAUGAACUACCAGGUUUACCUGUAGCUGCGCUCUGUUUUUGUGGAAUAAAAGUAGUACCACAUCAUCUUGACAUAACCAUUAAAUAGUUAAGAAGAGUGCUGAAGAGGUGAUAUUUAUCUUGCAUCUGAAUCAAUAAACAUACAGUUUUGAGACACUGUCAUACAAAAUAAAGAAGCAAACAACAGUGCAAUGUUGUACUUAGAAAAGAAGUACUUAAUAUUUGUUUUGAAAGCCUCUAACAAUUACAAUCCUAGUAAAAGUAAGAUAGGAUUUCUUUUGAUUAAUGUGUCUGGUUUAUGAUAGAGCAGGUGCAUCUUGAUAGUUUUGUUUUUACUAUUAGUAUAUACAGACACUGAGUCAAGAGGUUGUUGUUUGAUAAUUUGGAUUCUCUUUAACAACAUUGUUUUUCAUUACCAAUUUAUUAGGGAUGCUGGUCCCAAAUGUCCUUUAGAUAAUAAGCACCUAAGUGAAUCACAGGUUUGUACAAGUAUUUUGAAUUACUGUUGUCAUGAUAUAAGUGCAGUAAAUGGUUAUCUUGGUCAAAAGUUUGGACCAUGCAUACUAUGGUUAGCCAAGGUUGCUUUAGCAGUUAACAUAUUGCUCAGUAGUUAAGUAAUGCAUUAAUUGAUGGUUGGUCAAAGGCAUCCCAUAGUUGGAUGAUGAUUUUAUCAAUGCUCUAACAGUGCUUGAUUAAUGUCCUUAUGGUCUGCUUAAAACUCAACCAAGAUUCUAAGGAUAAUUGGUUGAAUGUUCAUCCCUUAUUAUUAACCCUUUAACUCCAAAGAUCUCAUAAGUAAUUCUCCUUAUGGUCUGCCACACAAUUUUUAUCAUGUCAAUUUGGAGAAUUUUGGUAUUGGAUCAACUAAUAAUCCUUUAAUUGAUAUUUUACUUUAUUUUCAUCACUUCUAUGCUUGAUAUUGUAUUGGUAUUGUAAGGAGGAAUUCUCUCUUAGUCACUCAUGGGAGGUAAAGGGUUAAAACUGGGGUAAUUGUGUGAAAAGCAAAAGCAAUUAUUCAACUCAGACACAUAGGCUUUCUUGUCUUUAUCAAUAAUUAGCUAGUUGCUUCUGUUGGCAAUGUUUUGAUGAAGUUGAGCGGUCAGGGCAAAAGAACUGAGGAUUUUAGUAGGCAAUGACUUUUUUCAAACCUGGAAACUGUCAUUGUGAAAGCCAUACUUGUGCCUGGUAACUCAUUCUUAUUCUGAUAAACUAGUUUUAAGAAGGAUGCAAUAUUUCAUUAUAUAAAUUUGAUGCAUAGGCUGUGCACAAAACUUUAAUUGGACUUUAAUUUUAUAGCCAAUACCAAUCCCUACACAUAAUAAAAUAUUAGGAGGAUCAGAGGAAAAAAUAAUGUGCUAUACAUCUGCAGGAUUUCAUGUAAUUAUUAACUGAUACUAGGAGAUCUAAGAAGAUUCAAAAGAGAAGAAAAUUUGGUUGAAAAAUUAGAAUUCAGCACAGCCCAGAUAAACAAGAUUCUUAGAGAAAUGUGUACUGGUGAAAGAGCUAAGGAAAUUUUUUUACAACACCUGCCUGUACCUUUAUGGCACAUAGUAAAGUCAUUCAAAGUAGUCAUAAUUUUGGGUUUAUAAGUUGGAAACAUGUGCAGAUUUCCUUUAAACCAGUUUGCAGUUCAAGCCUGUGAUGAUUUCAAAAUUUUGAUCCACACCUCAAAAGGAGAACAAAUAAAUUUCAAGUUUCUAUGUAUUCAGUUUACAUGUUGGUUAGUGAGGUAAAAUUGUGUCAUACAUUCAAACGACGACAGGUUCAAGAAAAUUUCACAGCUAAUUUUUAAGGGUAGCCUACCUGGAACAAACACCUUCAUGUUCAAAUUAGACCAGGUUUGCACUGAUGAUGCCCAAAAUAACUGUCUGUGGUAAGAGGGCAGGCUUUCCUUUCUUUAUUUACAGAAAUACUAAGGUUAUCAUCUUUUCACAAUCUCAGUGGAAAUUGAGAAUGAAUGUGACUGUUAGUGACUAUGAUAUUUGGAUAAAUAUCCAAAGGAGGAUAAAAAGUGAGAUAUGGUCUGCACAACUCUCUUAUUUUAAUUUUUUUUUAACCUAUUAAGCUAAGGCAUUUAAAUUUUUGCUUUGUGCAUUAUGUGGACACCAAUUAAUUUAACUUUCAUGAGUCAAAAUACAAAAAAAUGUAUUCUUCAUCUAUGUGCCCUAAACAUUACAUGGAAGGAGGCAGGUCAAAAUAUAAACAUGACAUAAAACAGGAGGCCCCCAUUAAUUUCAGUCCUUCUUAAAGGAGGAUCCUUGCUUUUCCAUAUUCCCACCCUUUAGAACUCGCAUAUCUUGUGACCAUUUCCAGAUAACUACCGGUAUGUUUAGUUUGGGUGUGAAUGUUGGUAAGAAACACCAUACAUUAAUGGAAGCUUGAGCAAGAGUAUUUAAUGCAAUCUGAAUAAUAAUAUUACAUGUUACAAUGUGGUAACUAACAGCAAAUUGUAUAAUCAUAAAACUCCAAACAAAGGACGUCAGGUUAUUGACUCACCUGCUUCAACUUUUGAGAGCUUAACCCUUUGACAUAAUUUCUCCUCACAAUAUCAAUACAAUAUUGAGAAGACAAGUGAUGAGAAUAAAGAACAAUAUCAACAGGGAAUUAAUAGUUGAUCCAGUAUCAAAUACUCUGAACUAACAUUACAAGAAUUAUAUGGCAGAUAGUAAAGAGAAUCACUUAUGAGAUCUUGGGAGUUAAAGGGUUAAGGAAAUAGAUAUAUGGUAAAAAAUUACAACUAAUAGAAAGUUGAGAGUUUGAAAGCUAAAAGAAAUACAUUACAACCAUCAGACCCUAUUCAUUGUAACAAAAAAGGUCAAUUACCACCAUAAUUUCUCCAAAACACUCAUGCUUAUAGAAAGUCAUUAAUUUUUGUUACUAGGUGGUACUGUACUUAACAUACUUCUACUGACACAAAUGCAUUUUUCUAAAGUUAUCUCAUAGCAUAUGAUUGUACAGGUCAUGUGCAAGGUUCCUGCAUGGGGACUGACAUUUCAAUUACCCCAGCAAACUUUAAUCAUCAGAAUUGUAAGCCAAGGUGUAUUCACCAAGUACUCAUGUUUCCAAAUUAGUCUGAUCGUUACCAUGGAGUUUGAAUUCACUCCUUUUUGAGGCUAUCUUCAGCUUGAUCAUCCUGUCACAUGUGAAAACAUCAAAUGUUACCCACAUAUUCAAAUAAUUACCUCAAUGAAAGGCUAUAAUUUUUUUAAUGACGUGCUUCCUCUAAUCCUCUAGCUCCCAUGUGGGAUCAAGACAGAAUUUCUCCUUACAAAAUCAAUGCAAUAUCAAGCAGACAAGUGAUGAGAACAAAUAAAAAUAUUACUUAGGGAAUUAUUAGUUGAUCCAAUACCAAAUUCUCAAAACUAACAUCACAAGAACUAUGUAGCAGACAGUAAGAAGAAUUUCUAAUGAGAUUGUGGGAGUUAAAGGGUUAAUUGUCUUCAGAAAUAGUAAAUGGUAUUGAAGAGAAAGAAAAAAGUUCUUGAAACAUUCUGUGUCAAAUGAAGCUUUGUUAUGAAUGUUAACCAUUUAACUCCCACAAGUGACAAAGACAGAAUUUUUCCCCACAAUAUCAACCAGAAAAGAGAUGAGAAUAGAGACAAAUAUCAAUUUGGGGAUAAUUAGUUGAUCCAAUACUAAAUUCUCUGAACUAACGUGUAUGUUUGUAUGGUUGACAGUGAGGAGGAUUACAAAUUUGAUCUGGGAGUUAAAGAGUUAAUUGGGAUGGCAACCAAAACAUCUGUAAACUAUAAUAACAUUUACCUUUCCAUGUAAACAAACCAUAAUGAAGCAUGAUAUGAAUUAAUUUAAUCUCACCUAGUUUGAAUGUAGAAUCCAAAAUCUAAUUAACUUACUAGAGAAUAGGAAAAAGCUAAAUGUGUUUUUCCUGCUUCUGUCAUUCUAAAUAUCACAAAUCAAUCACACCACCACUUCAGUAUGAUUUUUUGGAUGGUGUGUACUUUUUCUUAUGGACAUCUAUUCUUAGUAUUUAUCUUUUACCAGCUGACAUCUGAGAAGAAUGAAGUCUGCACUGGUAAUUUGAUACAUUGCAGGCAAACCCUACAACUGAUUAAAUUUUCUUUGAUUAAAAAACAUGAUAAUUUUAUCUUUCACAGCUGUUUUGGAGUAAGUUAAUUUCGAGAAAGCUUUCUUAACAACGUAUUUUUCCGUUUUAGCGGAGGUAUCUCUAAGAACUAUGGUUAGGGUUUAGUGCAUACAAUGUUACACAAUGUUAAUGAAUAAGUGAGUCUUGAUCGAUGCAUGUGGCGACAAGUUGUGUUGCAUCCGAACAAACAUGCGUGAAAUAACAGUUAUUGCUCAAUUUUUAAUGGCAGACCCGAGCGCGGUAAAUUACUGCUAAAAUAAUGAUAGAACAUUUAACAAAAUAGUUCGCAUCAAAAGUUGUACAGGUAAUGGGUGGCAAAAGAGCUAACCAGGAAGCAAUUUAAUGGUCAUUUCUGUUGAUUUGACAUGCUUUGCGGUUAUAUUUUCUUAGCCCGAUCAGAUAAUGACAUAAAACUUACAGUGCUAUUGUUAAAAGGGUUUGACUCACGAUGACUUUCAGCUUGUCACUGAACAGGACAGUUUUCCCAACUACACAGCCAUAGUUCCAACUGCCCUUUCGUCAUGUUGGUCUAAAUCGCACAGAGAUAAAAACGCUGUAAAUACGAGUAAUGGACAAGAUGAAGGUUACAUAAUUUAAACGUUCUAAGAGAAUUACAAGCAAAGAUAAAAUCAAAAUGUCUUCACAUGGAUACGAUAAAAUUUAUGUGCAUAGCAUCGUUUUGUUUUUUCAACUGAUAUUCCAGGGAAGAGAGGCAACCUGCCACGUUGUGAAAGCAACUCUAAUUAAUGUGAGCGAGUGUGAGUAAAACCUUUUAUGUCAUUUGAAUUUAAGAAUUAUCGAACACCAGAAGACAGCUAUGCCAUCCCUAUGCCAUCCCUCGAUUCAGGAGACAGGGACCAUACUCAGGAAACUGAUCAGGUAUAAUCAUCGCGUAUACAUAUGUGGCGGAUUAUGGACUUUAAUCCUUUUUCAUUGUUAUUUAACAAACGUCAAAUGGGAGGGUACCGGUGAUCAAAAUAAGCAACUUAACCUCAAAUGCUCCCAUGUCACUUGGUUACAAAAGAAUACGUUUUCUAAGAGAUCUUUUAUAAGAGAGGGGAAAUCCCUUCCCAGAUUCCUCAGGUCAAACUCGUUCACAAAUGAAAGCAUUUAUUUCUGCCCGGGGUGUUCAAGUCUCCACUUACAGAAACCUGAACUUAUUCAAAGUUCACCCGCGGCGUUAAUUUUACCUUUCACAGCUGUUUUGGAGUAAGUUAAUUUCGAGAAAGCUUUCUUAACAACGUUUUUUUGUUUCUGUGUUAACAGAGGCAUUUAUAAGAACUAUGGUUAGGGCCCAGUGCAUACAAUGUUACACAAUGUUAAUGAAUAAGUGAGUCUUGAUCGAUGCAUGUGGCGACAAGUUAUAUUGCAUCCGAACAAACAUGCGUGAAACGACAGUAACUGUUUUGUUCCUCUCCAGAUCCCUCAGGUCAAAUGUUUUGAAAGUUCUGGCAACAAGAUGGCUGAGAACUUCAUGGUGAGUGAAUAUCAACAAAUGAAAAGACAUUUGCUUGAAGACCUCCGACGUGAAAUUGAGGACGUUAAACCUGAAUGGCUGACCCGAUCGCUGCAAAUUACUGCUAAAAUUAUGAGAGAGCAUUUAACAAAAUAGUUCGCAUCAAAAGUUGUACAAGUAAUGGGUGACAAAAGAGCUAACCAGCAACCAAUUCAGUAGCCAUUUCUGUCGAUUUGACAUGCUUUGCAGUUAUAUUUUCCCAGCCUGAUCAGAGAACUCUGAAAAGGACAGUUUUCCCAACUACACACCCAUAGUUCCAACUACCAUUUCGUCAUGUUGAUCUAAAUCGUACAGAGAUAAAAACGCUGUAAAUACGAGUAAAACAAGAUGAACGUCAUAUAAUUUAAACAUUACAAAGAGAAUUAGAAGUAAAAAGAAAAUCAAAAUGUCUUCACAUGGAUACGAUAAAAUUUAAGCUACAGCGUAUGUGCAUAGGAUCGUUUUGUUUUUUCAACUGAUAUUCUAGGGAAAAGAGUUAACCUGCCACAUUGGGAAAGCAACUCUAAUACAAGUAAGCGAGUGCAAGUAAAACCUUUUAUGUCAUUUGAAUUUAAGAAUUAUCGAAUACCAAAAGACCAGUACGCCACUGACAGUAGUUUGUGUAACGGAUCAUAUAUUUGGAAGAUCGAUAACUAUCGACAGUGCCGCCAAGCUGCCCUCAGUGGGGUGAUGACAGCAGUCCACAGCCCGUCCUUCUACACCAAUGUUUACGGCUACAAAUUGUGUAUGAGGAUCAACUUGAACGGUGUGGAUAGCGGUGUUGGAAAACACGUGGCGCUGUUUGUUCAUAUGAUGCAGGGAGAUUAUGACAGCAUUCUGGAAUGGCCCUUUACGGGAAGAAUUGCUCUGUCCCUUUUGGAUCAGUCUGAUGGUGCUGAAUACCGUCACCACAUCAGUGAGACCCUGGUGGCUAAGCCUAACAUGUUGGCUUUCCAAAGACCCACAGCACCGCGCAACUACAAGGGGUACGGAUAUGUUGAGUUUGCACCGAUUGAGACGAUCCGCGAGCCGCAGUAUGUCAGGAAUAAUACCAUGCUGGUGCGGAUUCAAAUUUUUCACUAA